AUGACUGUUGAGUUGCCAGCAACCCAAAGAGCUUUGAUUUUCGAUACUUUCAAUGGUCCAUUGGAAGUUCGUAAUGUUCCUGUUCCUGAACCAGCCGAAGAUGAGAUUUUGGUGAAAAUCGAAUAUUCUGGAAUCUGCCAUUCUGAUCUUCAUGUUUGGUUGGGAGAUUUGGCUUCAAUGAGUGUUUGCCCAUUGGUUGGAGGACACGAAGGAGCUGGAACUGUUAUCAGAGUUGGAAAGAAUGUAACCGGAUGGCAAUUGGGAGACAAAGCUGGAGUCAAACUCAUGAACUUCAACUGUUUGAACUGUGAAUACUGUAAGAAAGGACACGAGCCGCUCUGCCAUCACAUUCAAAACUACGGUUUCGAUCGUUCCGGAACAUUCCAAGAAUAUUUGACGAUUCGUGGAGUCGAUGCUGCUAAAAUUGACAAGAGAACUGAUUUGGCAUCAGCUGCUCCAAUUUUGUGCGCUGGAGUUACUGUUUACAAAGCAUUGAAAGAAUCAAAUGUUGCACCAGGACAAAUUAUUGUUUUGACUGGAGCUGGAGGUGGUUUGGGAAGUUUGGCUAUCCAAUAUGCAUGCGCUAUGGGAAUGAGAGUUGUUGCUAUGGAUCACGGAAGCAAAGAAGAACAUUGUAAGAAAUUGGGAGCUGAAUGGUUCGUCGACGCCUUCAACACAAAGGACAUCAUCAAGCAUAUCACAAACGUGAGUUGAUCAUUGUGAAUCUUAAGAAGCAAUAUAAAAUUUCACAUAUUUCCAGUUGACUGAUGGUGGACCACACGGAGUAAUCAACUUCGCCGUUGCCAAGAUUGCUAUGGAACAAGCUGUUCAAUAUGUUCGCAAACGUGGAACCGUUGUCUUCGUCGGACUUCCAAAAGACUCGAAAGUAACUUUCGAUACAACUCCAUUCAUCUUCAACGCAAUCACCCUCAAAGGAAGUAUUGUUGGAUCAAGAUUGGAUGUCGAUGAAGCUAUGGAAUUCGUUACUCGUGGAAUCGUCAAAGUUCCAAUUGAACUCGUCAGAUUAGAAGAUGUUCCAGAUGUUUACCAAAGAAUGUUGGAUGGAAAAAUCACAUCAAGAGCCGUUGUUGACUUCUCCUUGUAA